AAACUCAUACACACACUCCUAUGGGUUAAAGCUAGAGAUGAUGUCAAUGCUAAUCAUCAAUCAAUUUUACUAUCUUAACCCACAAAAAGAAUUUUAUAUUUUUGAUGGGUUUAUUAUAAAUAGAUAGAGACCCCCACACCCAAAAAUGGCCGCAAGAGUAGUCUCCUUAGCCACUUCAGUUUCAAUCUCUUCAUUGUUUUUGACAAAGUUAAAGUCUCCCAACACUAACACCCUUCUUAGAUUCUCUUUUGUAGUUACUCCUCCUUUGCGUUAUCGUAGUCGGGCAGCAGACAGGAAGUCCAUGGCUCACACCUUAACUCGGGCCAAUCUUGGCCUUACUCAACCUGCUGAUCUUGAUGCCCCAAAGAUAUCUUUUGCUGCGAAAGACAUUGAUGUAGUAGAAUGGAAAGGAGAUAUACUUGCAGUAGGUGUUACUGAGAAAGAUAUGGCCAAGGACGAGAGCACAAAGUUCGAGAACUCGCUUUUGAAGAAGCUAGAUACCCAUUUGGGUGGUCUUUUAAGUGAAGCCUCUUCUGAGGAGGAUUUCACAGGAAAAGCCGGUCAAUCGAUGGUUCUUAGACUUCCAGGCCUUGGUUCUAAAAGAGUUGGUUUGGUUGGGCUUGGACAAUCAGCUUCAACUCCCUUGGCUUUUCGCAAUUUUGGUGAGACCAUUGCUGCUACUGCAAAGGCUGCUCAAGCCAAUAGUGUGGCUAUAGUGCUCGCCUCACCAGAAAGUAUCUCAAAUGGGUCUAAGCUUAAUACUGCCUCAGCGAUAGCAUCUGGUGCUGUGCUGGGGACAUAUGAAGAUACUAGGUAUAAGUCAGAAUCAAAGAAACCGGUGCUCAAUUCUGUAGAUAUUCUUGGUCUUGGAACUGGACCUGAACUAGAAAAGAAGCUCAAAUACGCUGAAAGCGUCUCCUCUGCUAUAAUUCUUGGAAAAGAGCUGGUGAAUUCACCAGCCAAUGUGCUUACCCCAGCUGCGAUGGCAGAAGAAGCUUCAAACAUUGCUUCCUCGUAUAGCGAUGUUCUUUCUGCCAAUAUUUUAACUGCAGAGCAAUGCAAAGAGUUGAAAAUGGGAUCCUACUUGGCAGUUGCAGCAGCCUCUGCAAAUCCCCCUCAUUUCAUUCAUUUGCAUUAUAAGCCUCUCAAUGGAACCGUUAAAGCCAAGUUGGCCUUAGUUGGCAAAGGAUUGACUUUUGACAGUGGUGGCUACAACAUCAAGACAGGAGCAGGUUGUUUAAUUGAGCUCAUGAAAUUCGAUAUGGGAGGCUCGGCAGCUGUUUUAGGAGCAGCAAAAGCUAUAGGUCAAAUUAAACCUCCGGGAGUUGAGGUUCAUUUCAUUGUUGCAGCUUGUGAGAAUAUGAUCAGUGGAACAGGAAUGAGGCCUGGUGACAUAGUCACAGCCUCAAAUGGAAAGACUAUUGAGGUCAACAAUACUGAUGCAGAAGGCAGACUUACUCUUGCAGAUGCUCUAGUUUAUGCUUGUAACCAGGGUGUAGAUAAGAUAGUUGACCUGGCAACAUUGACCGGUGCCUGUAUAGUUGCUCUUGGGCCUUCAAUUGCUGGUAUUUACACACCUAAUGAUGAACUGGCCAAUGAGGUUUCCAAAGCAGCAGAGGCCAGUGGAGAGAAAUUUUGGAGGAUGCCAUUAGAGGAAAGUUACUGGGAUUCCAUGAAAUCGGGAGUGGCUGACAUGGUCAAUACUGGUGGUCGUCAAGGUGGUUCUAUUACUGCAGCUCUAUUUUUGAAACAGUUUGUCAGUGAGAAGGUUCAAUGGAUGCACAUAGACAUGGCUGGCCCCGUGUGGAACGACAAGAAGCGAACCGCAACAGGAUUCGGCGUUGCAACUCUUGUGGAAUGGGUGUUGCACAAUUCUUCUUAGACACAGAGAUCGCGUACGGGGAAUUCUUGUCUGGACCGGAUGAUCAUAAAUCUGUUACUCACAUGAGUGCAUUCAAUAUUGUAAGAGUAGUAAAGUUUUUGUGAGCUGAGUUGUAUGAAAUUUCGGACUAUGCAAGAAAUUCCUCCAAAGUGGAUGGCAAUGAGAAGAGCUUGUGGGGUGUUUGGUUAUGAGGGAUGAGUGUGAAGAAUAAAAAAUAUAUUCUGAAGGAAAUGGAGAGGAAUAAUAUAUUUGAACAUGUUUAUUUUUGAAAAACCUUUCCUAGUUUUUUAGCCUCUAA